GUAUAAAGCACAUGUCCAUACUACAAGCGAAGAUGAUUCGGCGACGUGUUCUCGUGACAAGUACGGAUAUGAUGCAGCCAGGGAUCGAACUGCUGAAAAAAACAUGCGAAGUCUUGCUUUGUCCCGUGCCAGAGCUCACUAAGGAGGAAAUUUCGGCCGGUUAUCCUGGGCCUAUGCAGAGUAGAGAAGAUGUUCUCGGACAUCUGAAGAACUCUUAUCCGAUCGAUGGGAUCGUUUGGUCCAACAAAGUCCGGUGCGAUUCGGAAAUACUCGAUUUAGCUGGUCCGAGUCUCAAAGCGAUCGUCACAAUGUCUUCGGGGUUUGAUCACAUGGACGUAGAUGAGAUCAAACGUCGCGGAAUUCAGGUUGGGCAUUCGCCCUUUGCUCUCGACGCGGCCGUCGCGGAAGUUGGAGUGAUGCUCGCCCUCAGUGCUAGUCGACGAGCCCACGAAGGACGCCUCAUGAUCGAACGAGGUCAGUGGGAAAGCAGACCGCAGUGGCUAUUGGGACAUGGAUUUGAAGGUGCGACAGUUGGUAUCGUAGGACUGGGUGGUAUAGGUCGAGGAAUUUUGAAGCGGCUGUCCAACUUCGAGGUCAAGCGUUUCCUCUACGCUGGACGAUCUCGAAAACCAGCUGACGAUGAACUCGGCGCCGAAUUUGUGCAUCUGGAUAAUCUACUACGUCGAAGCGAUUUCGUGUUUGUGGCUUGUGCCCUGACCAACGAGACUCGCCAAUUGUUCGACGCUGAAGCGUUUGCAAAAAUGAAGAGAACGGCGGUUCUGGUGAACGUCGCCCGCGGACCAAUCGUUGAUCAUCCAGAACUGAUACGGGCUCUUCGCCAUGGGACCAUAUUUGCAGCUGGCUUGGAUGUUACUGAUCCUGAACCACUUCCAGCUAAUAGUGAACUUCUUCAACUCCCAAAUGCUGUCAUCACUCCGCACAUGGGUAGCUGCACUGUUAAGGCGAGAGCAGAUCUAUCUAUAUUAGCAGCGCAAAGUGUGCUGCUCGCACUUUCGGGUGAAUCGAUGCCGUAUCCUCUCUGAAACGAGCUACUUAGAUUUCGCACGUAAAUUAUUGCUAAUCAGAGUUAUUGUCGAAUGAAACCGUUUUCCUUUAUCUCAUAAAU